UACUUGGCUGAGGGUGGCACUGACCUCUCGAGAGAGGAGAGCAGCUGUGAGCGUGUGUGUGUGUGAAGCUCUCAGCUGUCUGUCAUAAAGCAACACAACAGCACGCGCUUCUCCAGAGCACAGCAAACCCGACGAGGCGACAGCUGAUCUCCGUCUCCACACAGCAGCCAGACACGAUCCCACAAUUAAAGCAAAGCGGGACACCAUUCGCGUCAAAAUGGACUGGUGUACAGACGAACUAACGUGAAAUUGAUAUAUGGACUUGUACCGCGUGCAUGGGAUUUUCUGAAGUAGGUGUUUACUCUUUUUAACCCGCAGCACAAUGUUCAUGUUUGACAGCCGCACGUAACAUCUCAUCUUAUGCUGAAUAUGACAGAGGACGUUAUGACGGCUGUGCGCGGAAACCUUUCCCAAACAGCAGUCGCCUCGGGACAGAAGGAUAACGGACAAGCUGAGCCGACUAACGGGGCGAUUCCGUGCUCGUCUUCCCCGGUGGAGCUCAGCGAGGAGCCCCUGUCCUGCAGCAGCGAGCUGACCCGCACGUGGCUACAGUUCGCCAAGACUUUCGUCGUUAUCUUCCCCAUAUAUGUCUUGGGGUAUUUCGAGUUCAGCUUCAGCUGGCUUUUAAUCGCACUUACGAUAUUUUUCUUUUGGAAAAGAAACACCAAUUCUAAGAACACCAGGCUAAGCAGAGCGAUGUCCAUUUUUGAUCCGGACGACGCUGUUAAACAGGAGCUGGAUGCCACUGAGUUACCAUCAUGGGUUCAUUAUCCAGAUGUGGAGAGAGUUGAGUGGCUAAAUAAGACGGUGAACCAGAUGUGGCCUUACGUGUGUCAGUUUGUUGACAAGUUGUUUAAGGAAACAAUUGAGCCAGCCAUCAAAGAAUCCAACGCACACCUCAGUACAUUCAGCUUCACCAAGAUCGAUCUGGGAGAUAAGCCUCUCAGGAUCAAUGGGGUCAAAGUUUACUCUGAGAAUGUGGACAAACGGCAGAUCAUCAUGGACCUUCAGAUCAGUUAUGUUGGUAACACUGAAAUCGAUGUGGAUGUCAAAAGGUACUACUGCAGAGCGGGGAUUAAAAGUAUACAGGUAUGUUGUUAUAUCUUCUCAUAUUGUCUUCUGUUGUGUUUUCCACAAUCAUUUGUUCACAACACAUACACAGCAGCCCAUGUUAUGUAUGGCAUCUUCCACUGAACUUGUCUCCGUGACCCAAUGGAUUAUGUUAGCCAAGGCCAGAGAGUUAAUUUGCUGGAUACGGAGAAGCUCUUCCCUAUAUUGUGAUG